UUGGCUGCGAGUAAGCCAGAACCAAUCAGCAGCGAGAAGGCCGGAUCCUGGGGCGGGGCUGGAGCUUCGGCAGUUGAACCGCUCGCGAGGAGGGGUGUCCCUGGAGAAGCGACACUGGCCAUGGACCAGCCAGCUGGCCUGCAGGUAGACUACGUCUUCCGGGGUGUGGAGCACGCCGUGCGGGUGACGGUGUCCGGGCAGGUGCUAGAGCUGGAGGUGGAGGACCGGAUGACGGCCGACCAGUGGCGGGGCGAGUUCGAUGCCAGCUUCAUCGAAGAUUUGACUCACAAGACAGGGAACUUCAAACAGUUCAGCAUCUUCUGUAACAUGCUGGAGUCGGCCCUCACCCAGAGCAGUGAGUCGGUCACCCUUGACCUGCUGACCUACACAGAUCUGGAGUCCCUGCGGAACCGAAAGAUGGGGGGCCGCCCAGGCCCCUUGGCCUCAAGGUCUGCCCAGCUCAACUCCAAGCGCUACCUGAUCCUCAUCUACUCUGUGGAGUUUGACAGGAUUCACUACCCGCUGCCCCUCCCGUACCAGGGCAAGCCGGACCCUGUGGUCCUGCAGGGCAUCAUUCGCUCACUAAAGGAGGAGCUAAGCCGCCUUCGAGGGCUGGAUGUCCAGGACACUCGGGACAGCCGGGAAACUGAGAUCUGGCACCUGCGGGAACAGGUGUCGCGCUUGGCGUCUGAGAAACGCGACCUGGAGGCCCAGCUGGGCAGGUCGCGCGAAGAGGCGCUGGCCGGGCGGGCGGCGCGCCAGGAGGUCGAGUCGCUACGCGGGCUCGUGCGCGGCCUGGAACUGGAGUUGCGGCAGGAGCGCGGCCUCGGGCACCGCGGGUCCGGCCGCCGAAGCCAGGAUUGCCGCCGCCUGGCCAAGGAGCUCGAAGAGGUGAAGGCGUCGGAGCGGAGCCUGCGUGCCCGGCUGAAGGCGCUGAACACCGAGCUGGCCCAGUACAAGAGGGGGAGACGGACCCUGCCGGUGGUGCCGUCCUCGGCGCGGGAAGAUAGGGCUUCCACGUCCCGGGAGCGCUCCACGUCGCGUGGCCGUGGCGCCGCCCGCUCUUCAUCCCGGGAGAGCGGCCGCGGGGGCCGGGGUCGAGGUCGCCCUGCCCGCCCCUCGCCCUCGCCAACAGGUGGUCGCGUGCCCCGUUUCGACCCAACAGCCUUUGUGAAAGCCAAGGAGAAGAAGCAGAGAGAGAUCAAGAUGAAGCAGCAGCAGCGGAACCGAUUGGGCAGCGGAGGAAGUGGGGACGGCCCAUCCGUCUCCUGGUCUCGCCAGACUCGGCCGCCGGCAGCGGUGACCGGUCGAGGAGACGCGGCUAACCGCUCCCGAAACCGCAGCUCCUCGGUGGACAGUUUCCGCAGCCGCUACUCGUCCGCCAGCUCCUGCAGCGAGUUAGAGGAUUUCUCCGAGUCCCUCCCUCGAGGCGUUCACCGCCGCGGGAAGCCGCCCAGCCCCACCACGUGGAGUGGGUUCAAUACACAGCAGAAGUCCACCCCCCUUGAACGUGGUCGCCAUCAGAGACGCCUGGCCAGUUCGGGGGGCUGGGUUCCCAUCAAAGAGUACAGCUCAGACCACCAGGCGGCUGACAUGGCCGAAAUAGAUGCCCGCCUGAAAGCCUUGCAGGAAUACAUGAACCGACUGGACACGCGGUCGUGACCUCGGAUGCAGACUACUGCACCUCCAACCCCACCCACCGCUGGAUUCGGCGUGGGGGCGGGGCCGGUGUGUCCUGGCCCCGCCCCCGCCCAGGCCCCGCCCCUCCUGGUGCUCUUAGGGGUCUCAGGCGUGUGAGGCCCCACCCCACCCCCUCCCGUGGGCAUGGCAUGCUGGGAGGGAGGGUAAGUGAG